AUGUCUGACUCUGAGUUUGAUGCAUGGUUUCAAGUGAUGUCCGAGUUCCAUGGACUACGUCAUUUCAAGCGGGGACUUUCAGCCGUCUCUCAAUGGACUUGCACCGAGCAUAAGGAGAUGCAGUGUGUCAUUCUAGGUGUGAUUGCAGGUGCUGUGGAACCCCGCAUGUUUCAGGCUGUGCGCGCUGUCCUUGAUUUUAUUUACUAUGCACAGUAUCAAGCCCACACGGACACGACCCUCAUGCGAAUGCAAGACGCACUAGAUAUUUUUCACACCAACAAGGAAGUUUUUGUUGAGCUGGGCCUGCGGGAACACUUCAACAUUCCCAAAUUCCAUUCUAUGCGCCACUAUGUGCAAGCUAUUCGUUCUUUGGGCAGCACGGAUGGGUUCAACUCAGAAAGCCCUGAACGACUACAUAUUGACUAUGCGAAGGAUGCUUAUCAAGUGAGCAACAAAGUCGAUUAUAUCGCACAGAUGACUCACUGGCUCGAACUUCAAGAGGCCAUAUUUUGCCAUGGUAUCUACCUCCAAUGGAGCGCCUCCCAAAGUGACCGACCAUUCGACUUGGAUGCACUCGAGGAUCAGGACGAGGACCAUGAGGCUGCAGGCUUGGAGAGUGGGACUGCAGACUCAUUACUGUCUCAAUUUAUUCCAUCUGGUUUGCUUACCUCACAUGGCUACCGUGUUGCCAAGAGCUGCCCUUUUCCAAACGUGUCUGUGUCUCGUCUGCAAACCAUUUUCGGUGCUAUCGACUUCAUACCUGUGCUUCAAACUUUCCUCGACCAUCACUUUCCCCGUUCUUCUGUUUCCGCCAGCAACUAUGAUCGGUUUGACGUGUUCAAAUCAAUUCUACUUAUCCUACCUAAGAAAAGUCAUGUCAGCGACCUCAAACAGUUGAAUUGUCUUCGAGCUCAUCCACCUAUUCCUAAUCGUGACCGUCGCAAGCCUGCUGCGCCUGCACACUUUGAUGUUGCUUUUGUUGUCGAAGAUCAUGAGCUAUGGAAGAGUGGUACAGGUCUUGUGUUAAGACUGUGCACAAAGGGUAGGACUGAUUCCGAGGGGCUUGGCUUCAGCUCGUGCGCUGCGCCCCUUACCCGAGUAUGUGCCCUUAAUUUCAGAAUGAUGUCCGAAGAAAGUCCAAGGACGUCCGAAGCGCGGGAAAGUUCGGAAGGACUUUCCAGACGAGUGUAA